GGCCGCCAAAACCGACCAACCGCACACGGCCACGUGGCAACCUACCAUCCCUAGGCACUAGCCGCUGACGUCAUAGCUUCCGCACAGCGCCUGGGGGGCAGGAUACGCCCACAAAGGAAAAAAACACGCUCAAAAAUAAUACCAACUAGGAAAGCGUCACGCACAACCAACCCAGGAAACUUGCGGAACACUACCACUGGGGGGCAACGCGAAACCAGAGGCUUCACCCGCAACCACCCCAGGAGAUCUCGGACACUCGCGGAACACAACCGAUGGGGGGCAACGCGAAGAUGUCGCGCACAACCAAUCCCGGAGAUCUCGGACGAAUGGGGAUCGGGCGAAGGAAACACCAGUUGUACGCGCCACCGACGAUCACGCGAAGACCAGUGCAGACGCUAGCUUACCCAUGUCGCGUCAAUCAUAAUCAACAGACGGAAUCGCGCAGAUCUGAGUCACUCGCAUGAAGAUCAAACAGGCGGCAUUCGCGGAAUACCCCCUGAUGGGGGGCAAUUGUUGGGGAUGUGACUCGGAUCUCAACGCGCCGAAGAAAUACCUAAGGAUGUUCACGUCAAAGCCAACGCGCGAGCCGCGCCAGGUGAAAGCGCGAGUGCAGAGAAUGGCCCGGAAAGACCGCGCAUAAACGCCAAACGACGGCGCUUUGGGCAAGCGCGGGCCCUCACCGAGAAGUAUAGUAGCGGCGCCGCGUCACCCAAAGGGUAGUCAACAUCAUAGUCCUAGGUAUAGUCAUGGCUAAGGGUCUUAUCACCCCUAGGGAUAUGGUCUUGGUCCCUGGCAUGUCAGAGGUCAUGUCACCUUGCCGUAGUGGUCACGUCAUCGUACCGUUAUGUAACUCACCCACCACCAUGUAGCCUAUAAAUAUGGCAUUUACUCCGGUGGGUGAGGGGAUCGGAUUUUUCGGACUCUAUCUCUAAGAUCAUCACUUUCUCUCACUAAAUAUACACUAUCUCUCAACUCUAUCUGCCCUCACAGUUAUCUCAAAGUUCUUGUUCGACCGAGCCGUUCAUUCUUCUCGACCCAUUCUAGCGAACCUCACUCCUACACUCAGUUAGGUUCAAACACUUAACAUUGAUUUUUACUAUUUAGUACAUGUGUACCGCAAUGAUUAGAUGAUAGUUUUAUGUGAAAAGAAGUAUUCCUUUGAAAGGUAACUUUCCGUUUUCACAUGUAUAAAUAAAUGUCUGUCAUAAUUCUUUUUUCACACGAGAGAGUUCUCCUUCCUCUUUCCGUUUUUCUUCUCUAUUUUAUAAACACAGAAAUAUGUAAGUCGAUGCUUUAGAUUUUGGUUGAAUAGACUCAUGGGAGGUGGUUUGCCUAAUCCUACGAGCAUUUUUAGUGGGGCAAAUAAACAAGCUAGGUAGAGUGAUUAAUUCACGCCUUCAAUUCGAUCAUUCCUACCAAAUUCCUGAAAGAAGCUCACUAUGAGCAAUUUCUGCAAUCGUUUGUUCUCUCUCUACCUCUAAUCUUCUCGAUAUGGUAGCCUAAUUGUGACGCCAACGCUAUAUCCGUUUCUUCUCCAAUUUUAUGAAUUUUCCUUCCUUUAUUCUAGUCUAUUCUAUUCCAUUCUCUUCUUUGUUCUUGUUGUCUUUACUCUUAACAACGACAAGGCCCGUUGAUUCCCAGAAAUCGAAUCCUUUGAUGAAUUAAAAGCCAUAAUGGCUAAAUUUUGAAGAUUCUUAGCUGAACUCAUUACCUUCCACCUCUAGAUGGAGUCUGCCUACCUUCAUCUCAUCGAAACUUGUGCUAUGGAACAGUUGCACAGAGUUAAGCUGGACACCGUUGGGCUAGGCGCAAGCCUAUUUGACCUAAGGCCCACAUCGCCGGCAAAGCCCGACAAAGAAGGCCCAAACAGCAAUGCUGGCCCUAGGCCCCUAGCAAAGCCUAGGGAUGGCAAAAAUAUCCGUAAACGUGGAUAUCCGCCCGAACCCGGCCUAAUCGGGUAGGGUAAAACCCGAACCCGAAGGACAUUUAGUGGGUACGGGUAAAACCCGAACCCGAAUAUUGCGGGUAAUGGGUGGGCAUGAGUUUCUCAGUAUCCAACCCGAACCCGCCCGAUUAUACACAUACAUAUGUAUUUUGUCUAGAAAUAGUCAUUAUUUUUCUAUAACAUAUUUUAUAUUUAGCAUAUAAAUAUAAUAUUUUCAUGAAAUUGUGUUGUUUUAAUUAAUUUUCUUCAUUCUAGUGAAUUAUUGUCAUACUUUUCCUCUUGCAUAAUGUGAGAAUACGUGUGAAUGUUAAUAUAUUAGUUGGAGUUAUGAAGAGAAAUCAUUACCCAUGGAUAACCGUGGAUACCCGAAACCCGAACGGGUAUGGGCAUGAUUUUAAUUUUCUACCCGUUUCAUAUGUGGGUAUGGGUAUGGGUAAAACUCGAACUACUUUGGGUAGGGUAACGGAUAUGCACUAUCCGUCCCCGACCCGACCCAUUGCCAUCCCUAGCAAAGCCUACUUGUCCGACGAGUCAUUUAACUUGCAAACAUAACGUCAGCAUUGACACAACAUUAAAUGUAGUCGGAGGUGUUGUACCUGAAAGUAAGGUCCCUAACAACUAACAUCAUUUAAUGCUCACUCUGAACAACAUUUGAUGAUAACUCAAUGCCACUCUAUGAUUAGAAAAUAUUUUCUUUAUUUUCUCCGAUUGUUGGAGAUCAGUGUCCCGGCUUCCGCCUGUAACAUAUCAGGCUCAAACACACACAAUCUCGCCUAUAGCUCGCAUCACAAGUAAGCUAAACUCUUCUACAAUUCUCCUCAAAUCGACAUGGGUUAUAGAAUGAGAAUCUAAGUUCAAAGCAAAAGUCACGAGACAUCGUUAUGUAUGAUUAUUACGUAACCUGAACAAAGGAAAACAAACUCAUUCAAGUUGAGACAAACCCACAUAUAAGAUACGGCUUUCAAGAUGUAGAAGAAAAACUUCCAUUUGACGAACUAGAGCUCAAUUUAAUUAAAAUACAUAACAAACAAAACUUGUCUGACAAAUCAUAAUAAAACAUAAUCAUGACAUUUAGCCAAUAUUUAUUUAUCUUUACGUGAAAUAUAAUACAUAUAUAUCAAAAUCUAAACUUUAAAGGGUUAUAGGUAUAAUAUGCCCCUUUACUAUGACGUUUUAUCAAACAUGCCCCUCUACUAUUUUUUACAUCAAAUAUGCCCCUAUACUUUGAAAAAAUUAUCAAACAUGCCCUUCUGUUAAAAUUUUCAUUGAAAAAAUCGUCAAUCGUGGUUGAACCAAGAUUUAGAUGACCCGACAUCGGCAAAUGGGAGGAAAAAUGUCAGUUUUGUCCCCUGUUUUAUUUCCCUGGGUCUUUUCAAAGUGAAAUGAUUUGAAUGAUUUGAUUAUACAAAAGAACGAAAAAAAUCUAAAGUGAGUUUAUUAUGGAUUUUUUAGUCAUUUGUGUCCCCCAAACUAAAGUUCGGCCUUGGUUAACGGUUUUUGGAUGAAAAUUUUAACAAAAGGGCAUAUUUGAUCAUUUUUACAAAGUACAGGGGCAUGUUUGAUGUAAAAAAUAGUAAAGGGGCAUGUUUGAUAAAGCGUCAUAGUAGAGGGGCAUACUAUACCUAUAACCCAACUUUAAAAUAUUAUAAACAAUGUAGUAUUAAAAUCGGUAAGGAAAAAACAUUCAUCAUCCUUACUCUAUGCCGUAAAAAAAUUUGUCAGCCAACAUACUCGAAAUUUAGUUGAAGGACAAUCUUAGUUACUCCAUAAAUAUAAUUAAACGUCUAUCAUGUACUCACCAUGCUAAUGCAUGCAUAAAACCACAUAGAUGCAUCCAUGAAAACCUUGUCCUACUUCAUGAUUUGUCAUUUACUACUAUGGUUAGUUCAUAUUAAGCAAAGUAACUGCGAAUGAUACAUAUAACUAAUUACUCUAUAAAAGUAGGAGAAGGAUAAAAAAAGCUUUAACGU